AUGCCGCCUGCAAAAUCUAAUGCCUGGAAAUAUUUCAAACGCUGUGCUGAUAGCAAGACUGUUAAAUGUACAUUAUGUAGCUGUGAAAUGACGUAUACUGGUGGUACUACAAACAUGCUAAAUCAUUUACGCUUAAAGCAUCCUUCUGAAAACAAAAUCUCUGACACACAAAAACAACACUCAAUGGACAUAUUUGUGAACACGAAAAAUAAAAUAACUGAAACGCAAAGUGAAAAAAUCACGCAGGCUAUAGCAAACAUGAUUGUAAAGGACUAUAUACCUUUAAGUAUAGUAGAAAGUGAAGGAUUUCUUAAUCUGAUGCAGAUAGUAGUGCCAGAGUACAAAGUGCCGAGUAGAAACACAGUAAAAUCGCGUAUUGAAAAGAGAUACGAUGACGAAAGAGAGUCUCUUGUCAAAAACCUAGAAAGUGUUCAAUCAGUUUCGCUCACCACUGAUACAUGGACAUCUAAUGCUACUGACAGUUACAUGACUAUUACUGAACAUCAUCUUACUGAUGACUGGGUGAUGGAAUCUAACGUGUUGAUGACUCGCGAAAUGCAAGAGAGACACACUGGUGAAAAUCUCGCAAAUAAACUGAAGGAUUGUGUAUCUGAGUUCGGAUUAGAAAACAAAAUUGGGUCAAUUGUACAUGAUAACGCGAGAAAUAUGCAAAGUGCUAGUGAAAAGUGCGAGGAUUGGGGUGAUGUAGGCUGCUUUGGACAUACGCUUCAGUUGUGCGUAAAACCCGCACUUGAAUUACCAAAUGUAAGCAAAAUAGUGGCUAAAAGUAGAAAACUCGUUGGACACUUUAAACAUUCCACGACCUUAACAGCAGAGAUGAGAAAUAGACAGAAAGUGUUCAAAGUGCCUGAACAUGAACUUAUUCAAGAUGUGCCAACGAGAUGGAACUCAACGCAUCUCAUGUUAGAGAGACUGUGUGAACAAAGACGUGUUAUCACGGAUAUUAUGUUAGACGAUAAGUUCACUAAGAAAAGUGAUAGCAAUUUGUUACUCAAAGAUAACGAGUAG